AUGUCUAUGAGGGGGCUGUCGCCCACAGCCAACCUACUCAGGACAUCUAGACUUUUUUCCUUACCAGCACCACUCCCAAGGCCGAGCUCAGAUCUUACAGCAUCCGCAAAUCAUAAAUCCGAUACCGCGACUCUUCCAUACCCUACUCAUGCUGCCAUCGAGACAACCGCAUCAUCUCUUGGCCGAGGUGACUGGGGACUCAAACGACCGUUGCCUCUGAAGUCUACAACAAGGACCUCAACGCCCACCAUCCAUAUCGACAAUGUAGACUCAAUCGACCACAUUACAGACUUCAGCUCCGCUGCAGGUCAUGCUCUGACGCUUCGCAAAUGGCAAGACUUUGGUACGCCUCUAUCAAUGGCGGAGGAGAAGCCGACAAAAGCGUCGGCGCAGCAAGAGCAUUAUCCACGCAGCGUAUUCGAGUCUAAACAUGACAACACCUACCAGGAUGACAAUGAUCCCAACAAACAGCGUUGGAAGUACAGCGGCCCUUGGCUGGCGGGAAAGAACGAAGGAGAGUUCAGACGAUACGUGGAGAAGGAUGUGAAAAGGCGACGGCUGGAUUUCAGGCGCUUCUUGCGGGAACGACUAGCGGAGGAAAAGGCAACAGCACGACGACGGGAAGCCACCGAAAGUGGGGAAGAUGUGGAAGGUCCAGAUUCAGUCGCAGUCUCAGAGGAAGAUGUCGAGGUCUACGCCAGGCGCCUGAGGAACGACGAGCAUAAGUUGCACAAACUUGUCGAAGAAUAUCUGGAUUUGCCAAGGGAUCGAGGCUCUGCAACUACCAGCUACGAUAAGAAAGGGCCACCGACAACACAUCCGUCUGCUGGUCUUUCGUAUCUUCGGACUGGGUCCCAUACCUAUAAUCAUCCUUUACUCGGGCCACAAGAAGAACCGGCGCCAGUCCAAGCUCGCGUGAUCAGACCACAGACCACUGCCUCUAAUGCCAAACACGAUAGAGCCUUGAUCGGAGUUGGCGGCGUUGUGGCGGAAGAUCAAAGACAGUCAUUCACGCGCGACUCAACGGGCAUCACAGGCUAUAAUCCGGAUAUUCCUGGUGGUGCAAAAAUUUAUAUUCGUGUCCCUACGAGAGCAAGUGUCGAUUCACGUGGAAGACUUGAUAUUAUAACGAGGCGACCACGUGACAAAACUUCUGAAAAUAUUGCGAAAGGUUACUACUCAUCAGAGGGAGUAGCGCCUCCGCCUGCAGCUGUUGAUGCCGCGCAAUAUCGAGAAACGCCAACAUUGACGAGGUCCAAGCUUGAAAGGUCAAGGGAGACCCACGGCUAUGGACUGGAACAUAUGGGUGCUGCAAGAAGCAGUGGGAGAGCUUCGCCAUUUCUUGGACCAGAAGACGAGCUGCCAGAUCUUAAUGGCCUUCUUCGACACGGACGGCAGUCGAAUCAAAAGGUCUAA